AAUGAAGAGAAUGUUAGUAAGAGAUUUUAUUUAUGAUCGUCUAUAUCAUCCAGUUGAAGGAUAUUUUGUUAAGAAUAUUCAACUAGGAGCACUCAAAAAUCCUAUUGAAUUUAAAUAAUUAUUAGGUUAUGAGGAUUAUACAAAAAAGUUAGCAGAAAAUUAUCCUGAAAAUUAAUGGUUAACUCCUUCUGAAGUUUUUAGACCUUAUUAUGGAAUAACAUUAGGAAAUUAUAUAAAUUAAUAAUUUCGAUUCACUCGUAAAGAGAAAUUGAGAAUUGUAGAAAUUGGUGCAGGAUAUGGUGCAGCAUGCGAAGGUGUCUUAUAUUAUAUGAGAAAUCAUUAACCUCAAACAUUUUCAAAUUUGGAAUAUCAUUUAGUUGAUAUUUCACCAGAAGCAUGUGUUUAAGCAGAAAAAAGAUUAUCUCAAGAUUUCAAAUAAUAAAUCAAAAAAGGAAAUUUACGAAUCUUUAAUUAAGAUUUUUUGAAUUACAAAUAGCAUACUUAAAACAAUGAAAUGUGGUUUUUUGUAUUUCUUGAAGUUUUUGAUAAUCUUGCCCAUGAUAAAGUAAUUGAUGGGAAAUAAGUUUAUGUCGAAAACAUGAAAGAAUAUACUGAAACAAUCACUGAUCCAUUAAUUAAUGAAGUAUAUGCUAUGUAUUAGUAAUUUAAAUAAUAAAACAAAAAUUAAGAUGAAAAUAUUGAAGAUAGAUUCUUAUUUAAUACAUUAAGAAAAUUGAUUAGUAAAUAUUAUGGAAAUUAGAAAGUAAUAUAAAAAAUAAUUAAGAGUCUAAUAGUAUAUUUCUACCAACUGGAGCAUUAUAAGUAUUGAAACAUAUCAAAUCUAAUUUUCAUAAUCCCUCUUUAGUAAUUGCUGAUUUUGAUUUACUCAAAAAUAACUUUACCCAAGAAUCUAUUAAUGCUCCAAUAGUAUCUAAAAAAUUGACUAAACCUCAUGAAAGAUUAGAUUAUGAAUCAUAUUUAGUAGAAAGAGGAGCUGCAGAUAUCUUCUUUCCAACAGAUUUCAAUUUUGUUUAAUAUAUGGUUAAACAAAUUUUAGGUUUGGAUUCUUAAAUCUUCAAGGCAUAUUAAUUUGCAGAUUAAUUUUCUUAGAGUUCUUGGACAACAACUAAAUCGGGUUAUAAUCCUUUGAAAGAGGAUUUUGGUAAUACAAGCUUUUUAGUCACUGAUCAUAGUUGAA